UGAAUUUCUGAGCUGGAACGAGAAUAGUGAACAACAGAGCAAGCUCUGUAGGAGCUGUUGUCGAUCGAAGCGAAACGGAUAGGUGGGACCGAAGACAGAGGAAAAUAAGUGUUAGUGGGGACGUAGUUCACGGCGGUGCACAGGAACCGUUGAUUGAUCAACUUGAAAUCGCUUUUGGAAAGCGGAACGUUUCCGUUCGUCUUUGUUACUCUCUGCAGAACAAGUGUCACUAGCAACAGACGGUUCUGUUGCCUCAGUUUCAUAGCGGUUGACCCCACCCCUUCGCCAAAAUCCGGCUAUUAGAUGUGACCACGAGGUUGAUCAGGAGAAGCCACCAUGUCUUAAACACAGAAGGGCCCUCCGGAGCCCUGUCUCCCCACCCUGGACCACCCUCAUCCUCCCCCAUCCACCACCUUACCCCCUCUCCCAGCCCCGUCCCACUCCCAGACCUCCCUGCACAUGUGAGAGACAGGCUCCCCAGCCCUGGCUCCCCACUGGCACACCCCUCCCCUCCCUCCGGAGAGAUGAGCCUGCAGAAGCACCAGCAGUUGGGUGGUGGUAGCGGUGGGGUGAUGGGCUCUGAUCGGGACCUGCAGUCCACUGCUUCCUCCAUCUCGCUGCCCUCUGUGAAAAAGGCCCCCACCAAGAGGCGCUUCUCCCUUGCCUCUCUUUUCAGACGGCGAGGUCGAGAGUCCAAAUCAGGGCGCCUAAGGUCCCGAGAGCUCCACCACCCUGGACAAGGAGGGCUUGGAGGGGUGGAUGGCAUUGCAAGCAUCGAGAGCAUCCACUCUGAGAUGUGUAAUGACAAGAACUCUGCCUUCUUCUCUGUUUCUGGGACCGGAGCUGCCUCUUCUGCUGCUGCUGCCUCCUCCUCAUCUGCCUCAGGGCCUUCUUCCUCUACCUCCUCCUGCAAGGUGGGGGGUGGGGUGGGGUCUGAGCUACUGGAGUGCCCAUUGUGCCUUCUGCACCACUCCAGGGAGAGCUUCCCUGACAUCAUGACCUGUCACCACCGCUCCUGCAUCGACUGUCUGCGCCAGUACCUGCGCAUUGAAAUCUCUGAGUCACGUGUAAACAUCAGCUGCCCUGAGUGCUCUGAGCGCUUUAACCCACACGACAUCCGAAUGAUCCUGGGUGACCGUGCACUCAUGGACAAAUACGAGGAGUUCAUGCUGAGGAGGUGGCUCGUGGCUGACCCGGACUGCCGCUGGUGCCCUGCACCAGACUGUGGGUAUGCAGUGAUUGCCUUUGGGUGUGCAAGCUGUCCUAAAAUCACAUGUGGCAGGGAGGGGUGCGGUACAGAGUUCUGUUACCACUGCAAGCAGCUGUGGCAUCCAAACCAGACCUGUGAUGCAGCACGUCAGCAGAGAGCCCAGAGCCUCCGCCUUAGGACAGUCCGCUCAUCCUCCCUCAGCUAUAGCCAAGAGAGUGGAGCUGCAGCUGAUGACAUUAAGCCAUGUCCACGCUGUGCUGCUUACAUCAUCAAGAUGAAUGACGGCAGCUGUAACCACAUGACCUGCGCUGUCUGCGGCUGUGAGUUCUGCUGGCUCUGCAUGAAGGAGAUCUCAGACCUGCACUACCUGAGUCCAUCAGGCUGUACUUUCUGGGGGAAGAAGCCAUGGAGCAGGAAGAAGAAAAUUCUUUGGCAACUUGGAACACUUGUGGGAGCCCCUGUCGGCAUCGCGCUCAUCGCCGGCAUAGCUGUCCCUGCCAUGAUUAUUGGCAUCCCUGUAUAUGUAGGAAGGAAGAUCCAUAACCGCUAUGAAGGCAAAGAUAUCUCCAACCACAAGAGGAACCUGGUGAUCGCUGGUGGAGUAACUCUUUCUGUCAUCGUGUCUCCUGUGGUGGCAGCAGUCACUGUUGGCAUUGGAGUUCCCAUCAUGUUGGCUUACGUCUAUGGUGUGGUGCCUAUCUCAUUGUGCCGUAGCGGAGGUUGCGGUGUCUCGGCUGGCAACGGCAAAGGCGUUCGCAUAGAGUUUGACGAUGAGAAUGACAUGAAUGUUGGCAGUGGGGCAGCUGCCACUGAUACUACAUCAGUGGCAGACACAAGGAACAACCCCAGUAUAGGUGAAGGCAGUGUUGGCGGGCUGACAGGGAGUCUUAGUGCCAGCGGCAGCCACAUGGACCGUCUGGGGGCCAUCAGGGACAACCUGAGCGAGACGGCGUCCACCAUGGCCCUAGCUGGAGCCAGCAUCACAGGCAGCCUCUCUGGCAGUGCCAUGGUCAAUUACUUAAACAGGCUGGAGGUGCAGGCUGAUGUGCAGAAGGAGCGCUGCAGUCUGAGCGGUGAGUCUGGCACUGUCAGCCUGGGUACAAUCAGCGACAACGCUAGCACCAAAGCAAUGGCUGGAUCCAUUCUUAACGCCUACAUGCCCCUUGACAGAGAUGGGAACAGUAUGGAGGUCCAGGUUGACAUUGAAUCCAAACCAGGCAAACUACGGCACCAUAGUGGCAGCAGCAGUGUGGAUGACAGCAGCCAUGUUGGCCGUUGUGGCUGGACCUGCCCUUCCAAUGGUUGCACUUCCACAGAAGGCAAAGGACCCUCCACCAAGUGGGCCAAGGAGGCAUCCUGCUCGUCCUCCUCCAGUUCAGGUGGGAAAAAGAGCAAAGGCAAGCUGCGCAAGAAAGGCGGCGGAGGCACCAAAAUCAAUGAGACACGGGAGGACAUGGACGCUCAGCUGCUGGAGCAGCGUAGCACCAACUCCUCAGAGUUCGACUCUCCAUCGCUGAGUGGCAGCCUGCCUUCUGUGGCAGACUCCCACUCCAGCCACUUCUCUGAGUUCAGCUGCUCCGAUCUAGAAAGCAUGAAGACGUCAUGUAGCCACGGAUCCGGUGGAGGUGACUACCACACGCGCUUUGCCACUGUCAGCCCCCUACCCGAGGUGGAGAACGAUCGCCUGGAGACCUGCCCCGCUUCCUCAUCCUCCUCCCAAGGACAGGGAGCUGUGAUCACUCCCAACUCUCCCACCUCCGUCACCUCCUCCCUGGGCCACGGUGCAGAGGUGGCCCCUCUCUGCUUCAUCACAGAGGAGAAUGUCAACCUGGUGUGCCCUGCUGAGCUGGACUCUCACAGCAACACCAGAGAGCUGCUAAAAGAAACCAACAACAACAACCACCAUCAACCACAGCACCAGACCCAAACCCAGCAGCAGCCCAAGAACUCCUGUAUACAGACUGACAUAUAAAAUUUCAAUACCUUAAGUGCUGCACAGACGCUGUUUUUAUUUAACAUCUUUUCCUCCACUAAACUAACCAUCAUAGCUUACAGUUUAACCUGCAUUUUCUGUUCUUCCCUUAAAAAGGGAAUGUGCUAUGUGCUGUUUUGGGAUUUAUGCCCUUCAUAAAAAAGCAACUUUUGAGUAAAACAGAGAUCAUUGUGUCCACUGACUGUCAGAGGGCUGGUUGGAAGUCUUAGGUUUCCAAAGUGCAGCCGUGUGAGAAAUGUUAAGGUUGUGAAUGCCGGUGUUUCUCCCUGUGUGACCUGCAGACUGCUGACACUUUUUUCGGGAGUCAAUUUACUCUCCCUCACCACUUUUAACAGAGACGGCCCACACAUUUGGUUGCUGUCCUAUUGAUCUGUGUAGGUUCAAAUAAAACCACUGUGUCCGUUUUCCUCAUUUGAUUUUGGCCAGACUAUUGCGGAUGCAACACCAGGCAGGAAUCUUAAUCUUACAGCUUUCCAGAGGUUAACUCAAACAGGGACCAGGCAAUAUGAUUCACUAUUUCCUCCUUUUUUUUCCCCCAAAAAAUGUAUUAGUAACAGAGGAACCUUGUGUUCUUGUCUGUAUUUAUUAUCAUACUUUUUUUUUGUCUUUUCCCUGUGUUUGAGAUGAACACUUUAAUGUAUACUUAUAAGGCCUGGGCUCAACAUCCCAUCAUUUUAUCUCUAAAAUCGACACAAUUGAGAUUCUCUUUAGAUGGAUACACACAUAGCUGUUGUGCGAGAUGUUGCUGGACAGUUUUUUAGCAGCUUGCUAACCAGUUUAGAGCUGUAGCUGAUGUUGCCAGAAUGUCUUGAGUGUGUGUUUUUAGUGCUAAAAUGAGUUUGGAAGUCCAGGUCUGUUUAAGUUCUGUAAAGAGCUUGUGUUGAUAUGUUUUUGUUUUUUUGUUUUUUUUUUGAGGGGGAGGGUCUUUGAUUUGAGAAAGGUCUCUGGAAGGCCAUGCUUGUCGAGAUAAUGCUGAAAGUCAUUAUAUUAACGUUAACCAAUGGGUUGGUCAAUUCUGUGAAAUUGUAUCAAGAAAAUGUUUUGUCCUGUUCAAAGGUGAUUUAUUCAGGCUGACGGUCUCGCCUCACUGAGUAAGAGAAAGCUUUGAUAUCUUUCUUUGUUAACUCAUGGUGCCUUCAACAAGCUGUUUGUGUUCUGUUUCUCUCUCUCUCUCUCUCUCUCUCUCUCUCUCUCUCUCUCUCUCUCUCUCUCUCUCUCCCUCCACUGUGUCUUCAAGACUCCAAACAACAACACUCAUUAUAGGUUGCAGAAUGUCUGUCUGUGUAGGAGGGAUGCUCAUUCACGUACACAACGUACUGUGGUAGACAUGGUAAAUGAAGACUUUUCAAUUGCCUACCAAAGACAGCACUCAGGCUCUUGUUAAAUCUUAUACCUUUGAUUUGUUGCCUGUACACACAGUAUAGUGCAUCCUUUUUACACCAUGGAUAUGAAUGAAGACAAGACCCAGGAUUAUACAGACAUACAGUCUGCUGUUUUUGUACAUGCUUCACAAAUGCUACGCAAAUAAUUGAGGCCCCAGAGUGGCCCGAGGCACCUGCACUGUUACCUGUAUUUCUUAUUACGACUAUGUUCUGCGAUGCACAAAGCUGAAUAGGGAUGCAUAGGUUUGUUCUGGAUUGCCUUCCCUGUUGAUUUGUCCUGUGAUUCCCGUUUGUUUUCUCAAUCGGUGCUGCUGAGCAGACUUGAAGUCAAAUUCUGUUUUAAACACUUUAUUUCAGAGUGUUUGCUUACGCCUGUCUUUACUGCUCAGUGGUUUUUAUGGAGGCCACUGAGCCAGCUCAGGUGAACCUCUACUAGGUAGGUAAAAGCAUUUUGAAUGGUUUUUUUGACCCAGGUCUGUUACUGAACGAACACUCACUUUGGUUCGGUGGAUAGGGCUGCACGCUGCAGUCCAUCCCACAUUACAGCAAAAUGUUUUUCUCUUCCUCCCGAGUUCCGUUUCUCGUUCUUCACCAAAAUUCCAGUUUCUCGAUCCUAAUUUGAACACUAGUGCCAGAUUUAAUUUGUAAUUUGUGCAAAAUGGCAUAAGGUAUUUGUAUAUGUGUUUGGUAACCUGCUUUACUAUAUGCGUGUAAAUGCAUAUCAGAAAAAUUAAAAAAAAAAACAAAUGAAUAUGAAA